AUGUUUGGAUGUGAGACGGAAAAGUUUGCGAUCUUGGAUAUGUUGACGUUGCCAAAAGAUUGCUCAGCGCUUUACAAGAAAGGUAAAAGAGUCAGCGGAAUCUACAAGAUUAAUCCGGACAAUCGAGGCAGUUUUAAUGUAUGGUGUGACAUGAACACAUCUGGAGGUGGCUGGACCGUGUUUCAACGUCGUCUUGAUGGUAGUGUUAAUUUCUACAGAGGAUGGCAAGAAUACAAAAAUGGCUUUGGAAAUCUAACAUCAGAGUUUUGGCUUGGAUUAGAUAAAAUAAAUAGACUUACAUCUAGAAAACACAAGAAACUUCGGAUUGACAUGGAAGAGUUUACAGGAAACACAACAUACGCCGAAUAUGAUUUCUUUUCUGUUGCAAGUGAAAGGCAGAAAUACAAGUUGGACUUUGGAACAUAUUCAGGAACUGCCGGUGAUUCGUUGAACUACCACCAAGGAAUGGAAUUUUCGACAAAAGACUCUGACAACGAUAAAUACCAUCGCAAUUGUGCAAUCCUGCAUAAAGGCGCAUGGUGGUAUAAAGGGUGUCAUAUGUCUAAUUUAAAUGGGAUCUAUCAUCAUGGUCAACACUCCUCAUAUGCUGAUGGUAUCAAUUGGCAUACGUGGAAAGGCUUUUACUACUCCUUAAAAUCCACUUCCAUGAAAAUACGACCUCGUAAUUUUUUACUUAAGAAGUGAGAACUUUCAUUUAUUUUCUUCUUUUUUUCUGUAAUUGAUAAUUUAAUGCAUGUAUA